GUCGGCAUAUGAAUGCUUCUACAAAGAACAAAGGUGGGGAGAAUAUGUGGAUCCGUGCGAGAAAUAUAAGAAUGGUCCCGCAUUCUGACUUCUUUCUUUUCUUUUCUUUAGAACUACCAUAUACCCCUAGUCAUCUUUCGGAAUGCAUUGCUAUCGCCCCACUCAAAGUUUCUGUCAAGCAAUCUUGUUAUGCAUUGCGUUUAUAAGACUUGCAAAUUGUUAUGGACGUAUCAUUAAUCCCAUAGGUCAUCACGCCGAUCCUCAACCUAUAUCCCGCAUCCAAGACGAUGGCAAAAGAUGGUACUACUUCCCUAGUGCAAAUGGAAGUGAAGCAGAAGUGAACAUGUUUGCUUCUACAAAUCUCAACGACGUCUAUUCUACCAACGCACCUUGGAAUAGACAUUCAAUCUUCAAUUUUACCAAAAAUGAUCAGCAAAAUCCAGAAGCACCUGCAAUGUUCAAAUGGAACGAAACAAAUUAUGUCAUGUACGUCAGUAGCAAUGGGCCAACGGGAAAUAGAAUCUAUGCGUUGCAUAAUGAUGGCAGGGAUCUAACCUCAGGAUGGACGUUUGCGGGAGUAGUGUCAUACUCGGACGGAACAACUUUGAUCGGAUAUGACGCAUUUGCCUUAAGCCAUCCAAACGGGAACAAAUACCUAUUCUAUACAAAUACAACUACGAUCUUUGUCAAUAAACUCUUACCCGAUUAUGGAUUUGCUACCCUUCAACCGAAACAAGGUGGAAACGGCACAAUUGUUGCAUCUCGUGUAGAGCUACCAUUUACCGAAGCGCCUGCGGUGUUGAUUAGUGGGGACAAAUUAAACUUUCUCUACAGCCAAAAUAGUUUCUUCAGUCCAAAUUAUACCACGUACAACAUCCCUGUCUCAACAGACGCAGAUCCAUUAGAUCCUGACACAUGGUCGAAGCCUAAGCCGGUACAAGUGUUGGCUUCUAGUGAGAAGAAUGGUGUAUACGGAACAGGAUCGGUUGGUGCGUUCACAGGGCCGGAUGGAAAGCCAUGGCUUGCAUAUACAUGCUUUUACCAACAAAAGGCAUUUGAUCGGUAUACGUCUGAUCCUCGAUACGUGCAGGUUCAGCCACUUCAUCUUAUGAAUGACGAAAUUCAACCACUCAUUCCCGUCAAGCCUGGCCACAAAAUGCAAAAGGCCCAAAAUGAUGCCUACAUUCCAAGGUAUACAAAUCUGGAUCUACGCUUCUUCAAAAAACCUCCUGUACGGGAAGGAAAAUGAGCAAUACCUUCUCCUGCUCAAUACGCUCGAUCGCAAGCAGAUCGAAAGGUGUAUUGCUUUUACCUAAAGCGAUGCUCAACAGUACAUAGCAUUCGAUUUGCUUUUGUCAUCGUUAUGACCGAUUCGACAAAUUAACCGCUUCAACAUUUUAGCGGCCAAUCGAGCAGAUAUUGUCAUACUCAAUCACCAGGAAGAUCAAGGGGCGAUGAUGGUGAUCAAAUGCGUAAGAAAGUGAUGCAGUGUUCUUUGGCGUGUGAUUGG